AUGGCGCGCUCAACCUUCGCGGUGGCGCUGGUGGUGCUGAUGCUUCCAGCAACGGCGCGCCGGAACAAGGAUGACCUCUUCACCAUGGAAGCUGGGAAUUCAGAAGCUGGUGAUCUACAGGCGGAGAUUGAGUCUUGGCUCAGCGACAGGUGGAGCGUGGGGCUGAGCCCCUCGGAUGCUCAGUGGUGGGCCAAGAAGGAGUCGUGGUACAUGGAGACUUGCGGCGCCACGCUCCCGUAUCUCAAGAAGCUGUACUCGGUGCUCAGCGACCGAUUGAAGAUGGCCUACCCCCCGAGCGAAGCCGUGAAGUUGAUGUUCGAGUACGCGAAGAAGCAGCUUGAUCCAGACCAGCUCUUCGCAAUGUACAGCGUUCUCGUGAACCGCCUCAGGCUUAGCCAGCAGGAGUCCCGUUCGCGAGCUCCAGAGCUUCUCGAGAAGGAUGCGGCCUCCGCGGAGCUCUCCAGUCUCUACAGCUUCAUGGUCGAUGGCUCCGGGAUGCGGAUGCAAUUAUGGGCACCGGGUUCCGGAAAAGAAAUCUCGAUAUGUCUCGGUAAGGGUUUCUGGUUGAAGUCUCGGGUUUAG